UGAGAUCAAUACUUAUCUCAUUGUCAAAAAUGAAAAUAACAUUGACUGAGAUCUUUUAGUCUGAUUUCCAGCGUGUUGGCUACAAAUCCACGCAAAUUCAGUUGUCUAUGAAUAUGGAGAAACACGUGACUGCGAAAAAUAAAAAGGUUAGUAGUUAUAUACAUGAUGACCUCCGCUUAUCCAUUCUAUCAAAUCUAUCACUGAAAACUUUGAAGCGUUUUGAAUGUGUUUGCAAAUCAUGGAUCCUUUUGUUAGAAAACCCUAAUUUCGUAAGCUUAUUUCGCAAAAGCUUCUUAUCCAAUAAUCGUUCUUAUUAUGAUGAUUGGUCUAUCCUCCUACACCAAGAUGUGACUUAUGAUAAAUCUGUGAUGUAUUCUGUUUCUGGUGAGAGGUUUGAGAAUAGGGCUAAAUUAGAUUGGCCAAAUCCAUUUCAAGAGGCUGACCCUGAAUUUAAAAUAUCUGGAUCUAGUAGUAUUAAUGGGUUUUUUUGCCUAAUUAAUAAUUCACUACCAGAUACAAGAGUUGUAUUAUGGAAUCCAACUACUGAAGAAUUAAAGAUUGUUCCUAGAAGUCCUAUUGAGUUUAUACCAUAUAUAGAUUAUAGUGCUGUCCAAUAUGGUUUUGGAUAUGAUUAUAUUGGAGAUGACUAUAAGGUGAUUAGGUGUGUAUUGUGUUUUCCAAAAAGGGGCAUUUUUGAUGAUUCUGUCUUUUUCAACCCUUUAUGGGAUAUAUAUAGCCUAAAAAAUAACUCAUGGGAGCAACAUGAAUUUGAUAUCCCUAUAAAUUAUGAAGAAGAUGAAGUUUCCAUUAAAGGAGUGAUUUACUGGUAUGGUGAAAAUGAAUCUAGUGACGAUGAAGAUGAUAAAGAUGAUGAAGCGUAUAUUUUUUCGUUUGAUCUAAGCUGUGAGAAAUUCGUUAUUACACCAUUACCCUUAACAGAUGCAAGUUUUGAUUUGGAUUAUGUAUGUAGAUGUUUGAUGGUGUUAAAUGGAUCAAUUGCUUUGAUCUCAAAUUACACAAAUAUACAUACUUUCCAUGUAGCUAUUUUGGGUGAAAUUGGUGUGAAAGAAUCUUGGUUUAAACUCUUUAUUGUUCCACACUUACCUUGCAUUCGGUAUCCAAUUGGAACGGGAAAGAGUGGAGAAAUAUUCUUUAUAAAAGAAGAUGGUAAAUUAGUCUAUUAUGACUUAAGCACUCGGAUGAUGGAGGAGUUUAGUUUUCAAGGAGAUAGAUUUAGAGGCAAGAUUAUUACUUAUAAAGAAAAUCCAAUUCCAAUCGAAGAAAUAAAUGAGUAGAUCAUUUGGCAUUUCCACCCUAGAGCUAUGUCAUUGUGGUUAUUAUGAUUUUAAACUUGUAAUCAAAGAGACCAUCUAGUUGUGCUUGUCAUCACUAUUAUUAAGUAUUCAAUAAAUCAUUUGAUGUUAUGUA